AUGAACGGAUAUGCACUGAUGGCGCAUACCUCGGCCAACUGCCUUCCAAUCUGCAUUCCAUUGCCAUCGAUACCGCCUGCUGCCUCGGUGACCCUAUCCAGUGCUGCCACCGACUUCGACGCAAAGAUACAUGUCAGAAACGCUCCGACCAUCCCACCAAUCCCCGACGCACACACAACACUGGUGAUAAAUCCAAUCACUGCUAGUGUAAUUCCGAUUAGUCCAGCUAUCACUCCACAGCAUGCUCCUCCUAAGGUGAAUUUACCUCGACUCUGGAUCACUUCUACCAGAACCCAGCCAAGACCGCCUGUGCAGGCGGCUGUAUUGGUAUUGAACGCUGCCAGUAUGGCUCUGAUCGUGGCAUUCAGCGCGGAACCACCCUGA